UGGUUAGGAUAUCUACUUUGUGCAUGACACAAGUCAUUUUUCCAACAAAUGUUUACAGACUGAUUAUUUCACUCAUAAUGCACUGUAUCACAAUUCCAGUGGGUCAGAAGUUUACAUACACUAAGUUGACUGCAUUUAAACAGCUUGGAAAAUUCCAGAAAAUUAUGUAAUGGCUUUAGAAGCUUCUGAUAGGCUAAUAGACAUCAUUUGAGUCAAUUGAGGUAUACUUGUGGAUGUAUUUCAAGGCCUACCUUCAAACUCAGUGCCUCUUUGCUUGACCUCAUGGGAAAAUCGAAAGAAAUCAGCGAAGACUUCAGAAAAAAAAUGGUAUACCUCCGGCAGGUAUGAUUCAUCCUUGGGAGCAAUUGCCAAACGCCUGAAGGUACCACGUUCAUCUGUACAUAUGAUAGUAUGCAAGUAUAAACACCAUGGGACCAUGCAGCCGUCAUACCGCUCAGGAAGGAGACGCGUUCUGUCUCCUAGAGAUGAAUGUACUUGGGUGCGAUAAGUGCAAAUCAAUCCCAGAACAACAGCAAAGGACCUUGUGGAGAUGUUGGAGGAAACUGGUACAAAAGUAUCAAUAUCCACAGUAAAACGAGUCCUAUAUCGACAACCUGAAAGGCCACUCGACAAGGAAGAAGCCACUGCUUCAAAACCUCCAUUAAAAAAAGCCAGACUGCAGUUUGCAACUGCACAUGGGGACAAAGAUGGUAGUCUUCGGAGAAAUGUCCUCUGGUCUGAUGAAACAAAAAUAGAACUGUUUGGCCAUAAUGAUUAUCUUUAUGUUUGGAGGAAAAAGGGGGACGCUUCAAGCCGAAGAACACCAUCCCAACCGUGAAGCAUGAGGGUGGCAGCAUCAUGUUGCGGGGGUGCUUUGCUGCAGUAGGGACUGGUGCACGUCACAAAAUAGAUGGCAUCAUGAGGAGGGGAAAUGUUGCUUCAAUAUAUCCACAUCAUCUCCAGACAUCAGUCAGGAAGUUAAAGCUUGGUCACAAAUGGGUCUUCCAAAUGGACAAUGACCCAAAGCAUACUUCCAAAGUUGUGGCAAAAUGGCUCAAGGACUACAAAGUCAAGGGAUUGGAGUGGCCAUCACAAAGCUCUGACCUCAACCUAUAGACCAUUUGUGGGCAGAACUGAAAAAGUGUGUGCGAGCAAAGAGGCCUACAAACCUGACUCAGUUACACCAGCUCUGUCAGGAGGAAUGGGACAAAAUUCACCCAACUCAUUUUUGGGAAGCUUGUGGAAGGCUACCUGAAACGUUUGACCCAAGUUAAGCAAUUGAAAGGCAAUGCUACCAAAUACUAAUUGAGUGUAUGUAAACUUCUGACCCACUGGGAAUGUGACGAAAUAAAUAAUAGCUGAAAUGAAUAAUUCUCUCCUAUUUAUUCUGACAUUUCACAUUCUUAAAAUAAAGUGGUGAUCCUAGCUGACCGAAAACAGGGAAUUUUACUCGGAUUAAAUGUCAGUAAUUGUGAAAAACUGGGUUUAAAUGUAUUUGGCUAAGGUGUAUGUAAACUUCCGACUUCGAUUGUACAUACAGUGCCUUGCGAUAGUAUUCGGCCCCCUUGAACUUUGCGACCUUUUGCCACAUUUCAGGCUUCAAACAUAAAGAUAUAAAACUGUAUUUUUUUGUGAAGAAUCAACAACAAGUGGGACACAAUCAUGAAGUGGAACGACAUUUAUUGCAACUUUUUUAACAAAUCAAAAACUGAAAAAUUGGGCGUGCAAAAUUAUUCAGCCCCUUUACUUUCAGUGCAGCAAACUCUCUCCAGAAGUUCAGUGAGGAUCUCUGAAUGAUCCAAUGUUGACCUAAAUGACAAAUGAUGAUAAAUACAAUCCACCUGUGUGUAAUCAAGUCUCCGUAUAAAUGCACCUGCACUGUGAUAGUCUCAGAGGUCCGUUAAAAGCGCUGAGAGCUACAAAUUCAUAACAAGUUAGAAUUUAACAGUGAACCUUUUUUUUGUGGGAUACAGGUGAGGCAAUUCUAGGUCUUGUGGCAUAUUUUGGUUAAACUAUCCCCAAUUCAAUGGAAUUUCAUCCUUCUGCAUGCACAGUGCAUGCUUCCAUCACAUGAAGAGCUGAUUCUCAAGAUCUUGCACACUAAUGAGAUGCUAUUGAGCCCACACUACUACACUGUCUGAGCCAAGGUUUACAUUCUUUCUGAAAAUCCACGAGUCUGAGCAUGAGGGUCGCGUGAAGAUGGACAUGGUGCUGGUGGCCGCUGAGGUCUUACUGCAGAAUGGAGACCAGGAGACCAGGAGCAAAACCCACGCCAAACUCAAAGAGCUCAAAGCAUCAUGGGAGGAGACCUGCACCUUCAUAAUCCACUGCCACAGCCGGAUAGAGUGGGUGUGGCUGCACUGGAGUGAGUACCUGAAGGCGCACGAGGAGGUUGAGAUGUGGCUGGUCCGCAUGCGCCGCAGUCUGGAGCCAGAGGUGGAACUACAGCUGGGGGUGAAGGAGAAACUGUGGCAGGUGGACCACCAGCAUGUCUUGCUGAGUGAUGUGCAGAGCCAGGCACUGCUGUUGGAGAGGCUGUUGGAUGAGGCUGCAGCGCUGCACAACCGUACCCAGGACCCCAGUGUGGACCAGGAGGCACAGGAGAGACUGCAAGAGGCAUACAAUAGCAUACGGGACAGGUCUGAGGAGAGGCUGUCAGUGCUGCAGAAGAUAGCUGAAGAGCACCAGAUUUACCAGAGCUACAUCCUAAAGUUUCAGGCCUGGCUGGUGUCCAAAGCUAAGGAGCUGAACACACUUACUGAGUCAGAGGACACAGCCGAGAACAAUCUCCAAGCCCUACAGACGCUGGACGACAGUGUGGCCAGUGAGGAGCGGACGCUGCAGCACAUCGAGGGCAUGGUGGAGGCAGUGCGGGCCAACACGUCGCCCGGGGGGGUGGAGGUGGUGGAGGAGGAGGUGGAGGAGCUUCGUCUGGCCUGGCAGAGGCUCCGACAGAGCCUGUGUGAGGCUGGGGAGGGCCUGAGGAGCAGCCUAGACUCCCAGAGCCAGUACCAGAGCCACUGCCAGCGCCUGGGGGAGGACAUAGCGCAGCUCCAGGCCCUGCUUCACAGACUGACCAGAGACCUGGAGACAGCCAGGGAGGGAGACAGGACUGAGGAACAGAUGGUUGGGCAGUGGAGGAAGUACAUGAAUGUUCGGAAUACUCUGUCAGCAGAGGAAUCCCAGGUGGAGAACCUCAAGGCCCAGCUUAAAGAACUCUUCCGCUUUUCCCAAGAUUCCCGGCAUCUCUCUGACGACGUCCUGGCUGUGGUGAAGGAGCACCAGAGUGUGAAGUGUCGCGCAAUGAAGCUAUGUGUGGAGUCAGAGACAGGGCUGAGACUGGUGCUGCAGGACCCUCUGCAUGGCUUCUCUCAGUGGAGCCAGCUGGUCUCUCAGGUGCUGGAGGCCUCAGCAGACGUGUCUGAGUUCUCCCACAUCGCCUUGCUAGUGCAGAACAUCGAGAGGUUGAUGAUGCAAAGUCUACAGCUGCAAGAGCGGUUGAGUCUGCUGCAGGUGAAGAGAGAUCUGCUGGCUUCAGUGUUUGGCUCUGACAGAGCAGAGAGUCUACUGAUGGAGCUCAACGCCGCCGUGAAGAACCGAGAGCUACUGCACAGCCAGCUUCUGCAGAGGAAGGGAAGACUGCAGGGUUUGAUCUCGAGGACGAAGGACUUUGGCGACACCUACGAGUCAAUCAGGAGCAAGCUGACCCUCCUGAGAGACAGACUAUACUCAGCAGACAUCCUCCAACCAGACAUACUGGCCAAGAAGAGCCAGUCAGACCAGCUACGGGGGAUCAAGAAGGACUUGGAGGACUGUGAGGCCCACAUCACAGCUCUGGAGACUGUGGUGUCAUCCAGCUCCACUAACAAGACCCGAUCUGAGAGACUGUAUGGGGACUGGAGGAACCUAUACAAGGCAGUCCGGGUGAAGGGGAACGAGAGUGAGGAGAGCAUCAGGGAGCACGAGAGUUUCCAUGAGAGCCUGCUGAAUGUAGAGAAGUGGCUGAUGAUUAUGAGGCAGAAGCUGGAGUCCUACCGCAGUUCUGCUGGGGAGUGGAGCGUGGACAACAGACAGCAUGAAGCUGAGAGGGCACUAGGUGAGUUCCCAGAGAAGGAGCUGCAGCUGCACCAGACAGAGGUGGAGGGCCAGGGGGUGCUGAAGAGGACCUCUGAGGAGGGACGAGUACACAUCCUCAGGGACAUGAAGCGCCUGAGAGAGUCCUGGAUGGCCCUGCAUGACCUCAGCCUCAACCUCUUCAGGCUGCUGAAUGGGCACAGCUCCUCUGAGGACCAUGACUUAGACAUCCAGAGGGUGAGAGGUCAGGCUGGGGAGUUGACAGGCCCAGCUAGGGAGCUCUUUCCUGGGGAGGGAGGAGACCUGAUCAAAGGAAGAGGCUCCAGCAGCAGGAGGGAGGGUGCUCCAGAGGGAUCCCCAGGAGAGGACCAUGGUGUCUGGGUCUCUCAGAGCUAUGGAUCAGGGUCUGGGAGAGGGGGAAGAACAGGGUCAGGGGCAAGGAUGGAGCAAAGCGAAGGGGCAAGUUUUAGAGCAGAAGAGGGUGUGUGGGUCGAGGGAGGGUUCGAGGGCAGUGUGGAGGAUAUGGAUCUCUCUGAACAUGGGGAGAGACAGGGCAGUGGUCAACAGGGUCCAAUGGCGUUAAGCCAAGGAAGCAGUCAGAGACCGGGACAUGGCAGUGGGGUUGAAAGCAGUGGCAAUUGCAGCGAGAAGGGUGGCGGUGAGCACAGCUUUGGUGUUGAGGAGGUGGACUCCAUUGCCUGGAGAAGGGGGUAUGGUCAGGGAGGAGAGGGGGAGAACGGAGGGGAAACCACAAGGAUAAACUCCUCAGGCCACACAGGAGGCAGAAGCCCCCAGUGUGGAAUGGUGGGGGGCUCUGGGUCCAGGAGUAGCAGAGUGGUGGGGGGCUUUGGGUCCAGGAGUAGUGGAGUGGUGGGGGGCUCCGGGUCCAGGAGUAGCGGAGUGGUGGGAGGUUCUGAUUUUACAGGUAGCGGUGUGAUGGAGGGAUCAGGCUCUAGGAGUAGCGGAGUGGUGGUAGUCGGGGCGUCUGGGUCCAGCAGUAGCGGGCGGACAGAGGAGUGGGUGGAUGAGCAGAGGUCCAGAGGUGUGGCUGAACCUGUGGCCAUGGAGGUAGAUGUGGGGUUAGGGCAAGGUCAUAGUCAGGGCAGCAGAAGCAGCUAUAGAGAGGGAACAAGUGAAAUGGGAGACCAGAGUGGAAGUGGAGUGGGACACCUGCGACACAGAGGGUCCUUCACCCUGAUCAAGACAAAGAUGGAAGAUCCAGUCAUGGACCAAGACUUUGCUAGAAAAUCUUCUGGAGGGCUACAGAGCUCAAGUCAACACACCACGGCAGAUCCAGGGUCAGCUCUGAGUGCAGCGGAGUACGAGGACAAGAGGAGGAUUUUUGAGGGCUGGCUACAGAAGGAAAACGAUACUCUUUCAGGGAUUCUCAACACCAAGGGACCGCUGAGCACCAGAGAACUCAAGAUCAGGCAGAACACACUCAAGACUUUGCGGUCCAGUCUGGGCUGGGGUCAGGAGCAGUUCCAGCUACUGCUGAUGUCUGGGGCGGCUGCAUCUGGAGCCGGGGACGGGGCUGACCAUUGGGCUGAGGAUGUGGGUAUGGAGGAGAUACGUUAUCGCUGGAUGCUCUACAAGUCCAAACUGAAGGAUGUAGGAGACCUCAAGGCUCUGUUGAAUGUCAAGGGUGCAAGUGCUGCUGGACAGGAGGAACACACCAGGACAGCUAAGGGGAAGACUCCAGGCCUACUGUACCGUGUGUGUCGGGUGGCCCUGCCCCUCUGGCUCCUGCUGUUGGCCUUACUCCUCUUCGCCUUCUUCCUGCCCUGGAUGGACGAAGGCUCCAGCUGCUCUCUGUCCAACAACUUUGCCCGCUCCUUCAACAUCAUGCUACGCUACGACGGACCUCCACCCACAUAGAAGAAUCAUAUAAGUUGAUUCCUCUUCAUCCUCAAUCCAUUGUGUGUGUGUGUGUUAAGGUAUCCACAUGCUUCCCAGCCGAAACAGUUUGGAGAAGUUUGUGCAUAUAUUAUGACGAUAUUUUGUGACAUUUUUGUUAGUUUUGGGCUUUUUCGGCUGUUCAGGCACACUCAUUUCUUUUCUGGAUGCAGGCUGAAGUUCGGAGCCAAAGUCUACGCCCCUUCGUCAGUGAUUGGUCAACAAUAGGGAUUCUUCAAUAAAGUCUUUGUUGUCAUUCAACGAGGCGACUCGUUUUAAUGCAAAUUCUUUCAUUGAGAAAUACUGCACCAAGCAUCUUAGUUAGAUGUAAAAUUGUGCGACUAAGAUCUCUGCAAAAAAAUGUCAAUGAAUGACAGAUUUCUUGGGUUAUCUUGAAUUAGUUCUUACUAUUUUGCGGAAGCGUAUACUGGCUACAGUGUUUCAGAUUGACACACAGUAAUGUUGCUUGUUUUUUUUUUUUUUUCAUUUUCCAAGCGAAUGUCUUUUAAGGGAGUAUGCGAGAACACUCGUUCGGCUAGGCGCCAGUCGAACCGAAGCAUGCUGACGCCUUUAGUGUGUGAAUGUGUGUCUGUGCUGGAUGUGUCACUGUGUGGGCGGGUAGCCUCGGCUCUUUCCACCUGUUCCUCUUGACUCAAGCUGUUCUCCACUCUGCAACCCACACGAUCAAGCCAAUUCACACAGGCUGGCAACACUUCCAUCCAUCCACAGAGUAGCUUGCUCCACUCCCUCUCCUUUUCACAGUACUUCAGUAGCUACAACAAUGGCCACCAAGCACUUUAGGAGAAGAUGAGGAUGUGGAUUUUUAUUUCCUCUAUUUGGAGGGAUUUGAUGUCUUAGAAAAUUACUGCGUAUGAUCAUACACUCCCCAAAAAUAUCAUGGUUCACUACCCCUUUAAAGACGGGUGUAUAACAGAGAUGUGAAUACUUUUAAACUGCUUUUAAACGGCACAAAUAGCGUUAUGCUUUUUUUCUAUUUUUGUGUAAUUGUAAGCUUUAUUUUUUACCUGUACAUAAUGCCUUUUGCAUACAGUACCCUUAUCAAUUUUAGCACUGUGUUCAUAAGUCUAGGCUGGCUUCAAUUAUAGAUGCCGCAUGUGCUCACAUCCCAAAACACAACGUCUGGGGUGUAUUCAUUACAUCUUGCAACGGAAACCCUUUACCGUGUUCAACAACCAAAAAUAAGCAAACCUACCUGAAAUUGUCAAGUAGGAACUCUCGUUUUCGUUAUUUGGCGUAAACGGACAUAAUGUUUUGCAACAGAAUCAGCGUAAUGACUACACCCCUGUUCUAUCAUGUGUCAAUUCAAAUUAAUCAAUUUGACAUGUUUUGUUCCAAUGUUAAUACAAAACAGUCAAUUUGUGAUACUGACCAUACGGAAAAUCAGUCAGUGCUGGUAUACAUGAUGUACCUACUUUUGACUGUUUAAGUAUAUUGUAUUUGUACUGAACUGUAGGUAUGUUUGAACAAAAUGCUUUUCUUUCCUAAAGGUGCUAUGCUAUAUUUGAACACUGUCAUAAUGAUCCCUUCGCACAGUUUAACUUCUAUCUUGGCCCCUGACGUUUUCUUGGACCACAGAGUACUUUAGAUGCUAAGUUUACUUUCUUUAUAAUACAUCAUGUUCAGCAGGGCCCAGAUUAUAUCAUGGAAAUAGCUCCUGUUAUGGGAGAAUAUCCUUUUUUGAGCAGACUCUUAAAACGACGCAAUGACCCAGUCAACCUUUUCUCUCUUUCCUCUCUCUUGCAUCCCCCUCUCUUCUCUCAUUCACUUUUGUACUUUUCCCUCCCGCACAUGUUUGUUUUACAGACCCGAGGGUUGCUAGGGCAACGGAAACCAAAUCGCAUUAUAUCUAUUAGUGUCCUAUCACACAGCACAGAUAUUUUUGUUACGACAGCUAAAUUAGGUUAUAACCCACAAAUAGUUUUUUUUUUUUUACAUUUGAUUAAAGUUGAACUGUCAGCUUUUGUUCAGAAUGAGGGAGAGUGUGUGUUUAGUUUUAGUUUGACUGUCUUGUCUCAGAAUGUUGCACAAUCUGUAUCUGUUUUCUCCGUCAGGGAAGGUUUCAGAGUGCUGUCUUAGUCUGUCAUCAUGAAUGUUGACAAACUGAAUUUUAAUGAAAAAAUUGCAGGAAACCCGCAUGCCUGCCCUACCUGUACAAAGCAGACUUGAACUGAAAUAUUUAUACCAUUCUACUGUUAUCUAUACACAAGUUAUGCAAUGCUCUUAUUCAGUCUUCAUACAUAUUAAUGAAACAUAUCUAGCUCUUUUUAAAUGUGAGAAUAUUAAACGUAAAUGCUAAACUAAAUACAGAGUACUAAACAUCACCAUAAUAUGUGGCAUUCAUUUGAGUAGCAAUUAGCUACAGUAGGCCUACCUGGCAGUCUGGCACCUCUGCUUCUUGCACUGCUAGUGAGUUGAAUGCGUAUGCAGACCUUUACAAUCAACGCAGGUUCAAAUGCAUACCCUGCCAGGAACCUUACUGUAUGUGUGUAGCCAUACAUGUGGAGCAUCCAUGUGAACCUUUUUCAGAAGUGCUCCUCUUGAAAGGAUCUGCAGUGGAACUGGGAAUCUAGGAUGGGUGAGGGAUAGUGGUGGAAAAUGAAGGGAAUCUCAUGGAAUACUGUAUCAGAUUACUCCACAGUGUGCAUAGGAAGUAGGGUUGAAGAAUUCAGCUUUUUAUUUUAUUUUUAACAGAUCUCCAGGUUGGAAUAUUUCAGAUACCUCCUGAUUCCGGGAAUAUUCCAACCAGGAUUUAUGGAAAACUUUUACAAAAUUCCCAGGUUAUCAACAUUUUCCAACCCUAAUCAGAUUCCUCUGGGUGUUUACAAGGAGUUUGAUACAUUUAGCAGAGCACUUAGUAGACAAUGUAAUACAAAUGGACAUUCGAUUAGAUUGGAAUAGCUUGUCCUGCAAAUGAGAAUCUGCUUUACAAUUUUUAAAAACUUUUAAACGCUCAUGCAUGCAGGAAUGAAGAUUCAAAGCUUUUGUAAAAUGGUACAAUAUUAUGCUCUAUUUUAUUACUAUAUUUUGAAAUGAAUGAAAUGCUUAAAAUGUAUCAACCGGGCCUAACCAAUAUUUUUGUAUUGUACUCAAAACUGGCAAUAAAUUAUGCAGUGUGUAUAAUUGA